AUGGAACCAACCGUAGCGAAAGCUCACAUUCCUCCUCCGGACUUUUUUCAGUACACCACAAAAGAUGUGAUCAUUUAUGCACUAGGUGUUGGUGCUAAAGUAAGAGCCGACCUCCGUUAUGUGUAUGAGAUGUCGGAAAAUUUUCUACCAUUGCCGACUUUUAUAGUCGUUCCUGGUCUUAGAGCUGUUGGUGCUGUGGAUUGGCCAGGAAUCCAGUUCGAUUACACGAGACUUCUUCAUGGAGAACAGUACAUCGAAAUCUACGAGGAAUUACCGUCGGAAGCGAACUUACGCUCUGAGACGCGCAUCGUCGACAUCCUCGACAAAGGAUCGGGCGCGCUUAUGUUAUUCGAAGUUACAACAUAUGACGAAACAACUGGCAGAAAAUUGGCUCUGCAACAAGUGUGCACAUUCCAAGUUGGAUCGGGAAAUUUUGGCGGUCCUCGUAGUAGUGUUCACGAGAAACCCGGCGCUGAAGUACCUCCACGACUUCCAGAUGCUGUAUUCGAAGAGAAAACCUCUACUGAUCAGGCAGCAAUCUACAGAAUCGGUUCCGGUGACCUCAAUCCACUACAUAUCGAUCCGGCAUUCGCUAAGAUGUCCGGUCUCGAGAAACCUAUUCUACACGGUCUCUGCUCUAUGGCAUUCUCUAUCAGGCACGUGAUAAGUGGAUGGGCUGAGAAUGACGCUAGCAGAAUAAAGGCUCUCAAAGUACGAUUUUCAUCGCGUGUGAUUCCUGGUGACACUCUGAGAACAGAAACAUGGAAAGAAGGCAAUCAAAUCAUCUUCCAAACAAAGGUAAGAAAUGUGAUGAAAGUGUAA